AUGUCAACCACAAACAUCCCUUCGAAGCCUACUCGCCGCCGUCCUGGUCGGCCUAGAAAGCAGCAACACCCUCAAGCCUCUGUCACACCUCCAAGUGCACCAGACCAAGCUUGUCCUUCAACCGCUACCCAACUCUCUGACGCACCUCCCCAGCGUACUACAGAGCCUGUGAACACACCCUAUCCUCAAAUUUACCCUAACUACCCGUUCUCUUUUUAUACCGACGUGUCAGGAUCUGGCGAUCCCUUUAUAGACAGCAACACCGGCCCUGGAUUCGACUACACGGGCGAUCUUGAGAACACAAACCUAGAUCUUACCCAAGGUUUCCCUGCUUUGGGCCUUUCAACUGCGCUGAGAUCUCUUUCUUCUGCACUUGAAACUACACCCAUCGAUCCCCAGCUAUCUUCCGUUGACACCCAGGUCUCAACCUCUACUGAAACUGCAGCUUCCCAGCCCCAGACUAACCCUACAACCGACGCCGCCUUGUCUUCCACAUCGCAGGCCACUACCCAAGAGCAUCGUCAGCCCACGAUUGAAGAGGAGGUCUUGGCUCUAUCCGCCGCCAUUGUAGGUGAAUCAAGCCAAUCUGCAACUCCAGCCCAGCCUACUACUGUCCCUGAGGGUCCCUCAGAGCAAGCUCCUCCAGCUACAAGCAAGCGUGCGCAAAAGGCACCACCAAAGCAACCUCGGAAGAGAAAGGCUGACCAAGUCGACGGUCAAUCUACUUCUGGGCCAGCUACCAAGAAGCAAGCCACUGAAUCUGCCAAGGAGAAGUCCAACGAGGCUCCCAAAGAGCCGCCCAAGAACCCUCGCAAGCGAAAGGCCGACCAAGUUGACGGUCAAUCUGCUCCAGCAACAGCUGCGAAGAAGACAGCUACUGAGAAGUCCAAGGAGACAUCCGAGGAACAGUCUCAAGAUACAUCCAAGGAGCAGUCCCAGGCAGACUCUUCGGACAACCCAGAACCUCAAUUCCGCGCCUCGUUUAAGGAGGACAGGAGUAACCGACUCUCGCGUUGGGCACAUUCAUUUGCCGAGACGGUUGCAAAGAACCAAUUUGACGCUCUUGAUUACCUUGAGAUUUUUCAGCCCGAUACUGUAGCGCAGCAAGCCGCCUCACAGGAAGCCGCCUCACAGCAGUCCGCUAAAGGUCAGCCCGCCGUAGACCAACCUGCCGGAGACAAACCUACCGGAAAGAAGCCUGCCGGAAAGAAGUCGGUCGUAAAGAAGUCUGCUAGAAACCAGUCUGCCGAGAGCCCUGCUGAGAACCAACCUGCCGAGAACCAACCUGCCGGAGAACCAACGACCAAUAUGCAGGCUAACGAGCAAACCCAAGGUGUACCUAACCCCAAUGAGCAGCCUGUAGAUCCCGCCAUCAAAUCUCCAGGGCACUACGCCGAAAAAGAGGCACGACGCUGCAUCAAGGUUGGCGGCAUUAAUUUUCAACGUGCGGGUUUGGGACUUCCCCAUGGGCUUGGUGCAGAAGAGAACAACCGUCGAGUUUCGUUCCUCGAAGCGGAACUCAAACUUCAAAAGGGCAGGGCCCCUAUCUUGCCCCCUUCUCAACUUGCUCAACCUGACCCGAAGCCUUUCACUCCAAAGGCGUAUCAGGUACCUGACAACGUCACCGAUACUCGUGUUCUCGAGUUCUUCAGAAAGAAGAACAUUGACCUGUGUACUAAAAAUAAACAAGUUGACCUCGAACGGAACAAUCAAGCGGCUAAGGGCACGCGGUCCCGCCGUGAAGAGGCUCUUGAUGCGCACCGCGAACUUGCGAACAACAUGGCAGUUGAACUCAACUGGUGGCGCCUCAAGGCCAUUGCGAAUGGUGCUGACUUCAGAGAAUGGGAUGUUGUACCCCCAACUGUCAAGCAAUGCAUGUUAAACGAGAUGAAUGAGAGAGUAAAAAAGCUGGAAGAAGCCGCGGCAAAGACAGCUAAGAAGAACAAGUCAGCCGCUCACUCCGCUAGAACCAAAAGGAACUCGCGUCUGUCCAAGGAGGAUGAGGCCAGGAAAAAGCUAGAGGUUCAGGAAGUGAUCGCUGCUUUUGCUGCCAAAGACUGGGCUACGAUAAAGAAGAUGUCGGAUCCCGAAUACAAAGCAAAGCGUCCGAGAGCUCCUCGUAACACUGCCGCCAGUCGCAGGAAUAGAGCAAGUGUCGCUGAUGAAGACACUGAAACUAGCACCGCGGCCAACACGACUGAGGCUGACACUACCGAGAACGUGGCAGAAACUACCAACACUGGUGUUACCACCACCAUGGCUACGGACGACAUGCUUCCUGACACCGCACCUUCUGAUGACAUGGCUACUGGCAACAUACCCUCUAACAACAUGCCUGUUGAUAACGCGGAGUUCGGUGGCACGGAGUUCGGCAGCAUGGAUUUUGACAAUCCUUCUUAUAACAUGCCGACAAACAUGCCUGAGAUGCCUUCUACCGACAUGACUUCUGACAACACACUUGGUUUUGGUAACGUUUCUUCAUUUAACACCAGCGUUGCGCCUGCUCAGUUCAACGCGGUUCCUGACCCUAUGUAUGGCGGCGUCCCUGUUGAGCAUCCUACCUACAUUAACCCCCAAAUCAAUGCUUUCGGAAGUGUCUACACUCAACAGCAGCAACCCUCUGAUCUUCCUCAGGGAACCGGUGACUGUCAUGAGCUAAGACGACAGCCUUCCAACGUCACCAUGCUUGAUGCUCAGUCCGAUCCGUUUCAGUCAAUCGACCCCAACAUGGGUGGUACGAUGAACGAAACUUCCCCCUAUUGGGAGACUCCCAACGCUCCUCCUAGUCAUGGUUCACUUCCUCCCAACAUAGACCCCAGCCUUCUAGGUACUAUAGGAAAUGAAAGCACUCUUCCCCCUAACAAUAUGAGCCACAACAUCCAUGGUCCUCUGGGAGAUCCUAGUCUUCUCCUACCUAACGACAUCGGUCAGAGCUCGGAGGGUCUCGCAAACAGUGUCCUAUGGUACAGUGAGGAAGAAGCCCUUGUCAGGGCGUUCCUUCCCAGCCUUUCGAGAAACACGAAUCAGAACACGUCGACCACCAACGAUAAGAAGACCACUGAUCAAGUUGACACCAAUGCUAACACCUCCUCCAAGUACCCCGACCCUGACGAGGACUUUAACUUUUCUCGAUACAUCAACUUCUCCCCCUGA